AUGGCGAAAGUAAUAUUCUCGCCCUGGAAGGACCAGACGCAAUUAGUUGCUGUGCGCAACCAGUUCUAUCCUGCUCCGUCCUACGAUGGGCCGGACAUGCGGUCCAAGGCCUGCGCCACGGUUGAAUCGUGGAAGCUGCGCGGGAACUUGCCCCAUCCAAUCGAAGCCACGGCUCUAUUGACCGACGCCAUUCUGCAUGAUGAUUCUUUCAAAAACUCAAUCUUCUCCAUCCGUGCCACUUACUCUGCUGCCUUUUGUCGAUUCGUGACCGGCCUGGUCGACUCGAAACUCCACGGCCAGCGUAAAACCAUGUUCCAGAGAGCCGUGGAUCUUGGGUUACCAGCCUCAUUCGUGGAGCUGCGACAUGAGGCCACGCAUCGUGAGUUGCCGUCGCUCAUUGUGCUGCGCAAUGCUGCCCAGCGUUCCCUGAUGUGGCUUUGGGAUUACUACUGGGCCAAGACGGACGUGACUACUGCGUUUGGGCCCAUACCCGAUGUCGCGAAUGGCGUGGCAGGCGAGGACUUGGAUCCUGUUUAUGCUGCUGUUCGGGCGAGUCUAGAUCCCCUACUAAAGGACGAGGAGUCGUCCGAGCCGCCGCAGAAGAAGAGGAAGGUCCAGCAGCGUUUUUCGUCGGUCGCGACGCAGCUGGUUGCCAUAUGCAAGGAUUCCGAGCAGGGCGCGGUGGCGCUUUCGAAUGCUUUACUGGAGGAGUCGGUCUUGGUGCCUGCUGGGGACAUUGUCGGUGACUCCCUAGCCGACGCUUUCACAAAAUGGGAUCGCUUCCUGCAGACCAUCACGGAAGACUAUCCGGCGUUCUUGACGGCGCUGACGGAAGAAAUGAUCAAUAUUAUCGCGUUCACGGACGUGUCGAAGGCCAAGGAGAACGGCCGUUGCAAGGGGAUCUAUCUGUGGCUGGACCACAUUUUGAGGUCGUCGGAAUGGGCGUCCCAGAGACGGCUGCUUUCAUUUGCUUAUAUCUCGGCUGUCUGUCAGGAGAAUACGAACCAAUGGACGACACUGCUGAAGAAGCAGAUACCCAAGGGGAUUAAUGAGGUGCCCCAGCUAUCAAAGAGUAAAUUGGUUUCCGGCACGAAAGAACCGGUGACAAGCGCAGCAGGGACGAAUGAUGAUUUGAAUGAAUUGAGGAAAUUCGGGUGGGAAAUGGCAGACGCAUGGAGUAGUCGACCGUUAGGGAUGGUAUGA